GGAUAGCUCUGAAAUUAUUAAUAAUCAUAGAUUAAAACGUAAACGGCAGAAAGCUGUUAGGAGAGCAAAUGCGGAUUACCACCAACGUGAACGAGAGCAACAACGUAAGCGACGAGAAAUUCGACAUACAAAAAGACAAAAAAUUCGUAUUGAAAAAGAUAUCCAGGCAAUUGAGGCGAAUGGAUUUGUUAAAGAAAACACGGGUAAUGAGAAUGAAAAUCCGUUCAAUCUUCGA